AUUUAUCUGGCUGUUCCACAUUGCUUCACAACCAUGGCAUUCUCCGGGAAGUACGAGCUUGAUUGUCAGGAGAACUACGAAGAGUUUCUGGAGGCACUGGGGUUUUCCAAUGCCAAAACUGACUUCAAGGUGAUUACAGAGGUGAUUCAGGAGGGGGAUAAUUUCACCUGGUCUCAGAUUAUUCCUAACUGGACCUGGUCUAACAAAUUCACCAUUGGAAAGGAGUGUGAGCUAGAGGACAUGAAAAGAUCCAAAUUCAUGGCCACCGCUACCAUGGAAGAAGGCAAGAUAUCUGUUCCAUUCCCUCAGUACCAUUUCACUGCUGAGAUCUCUGGGGAAAAGCUCAUUAUUACCUGUACAAUCCCUGGAGAGAAGGGUGUGACCAUGAAGAGAAUCAAUAAGAGGAUCUGAAAUCAAAUAGUAAACAGGAUGCAGAUCUCUGGGAAAACUUUGUGAAAUGUAACUGGCAAUCAUUCCCACUACCUCGUUAUCAUACAGGUGUACCUGCGUGUCCAACAAGUUCCAGAUGAGCCUGUGAAUCUUGCUGAUGUGAUAUUAAAUCGGUUUCAUUGGCACAAUGUCAAGCCCUACUUUGUGCCAGUUGAAAUGAAACUGAAAUAAAUAUGCAAACUUAUUGCCAUUUUAAUUGAUUUUGAAACCAAUUAAAGCACAGAUCUGGUCAUA